GCCUGGGUGUAAUCCUCGGCUAUGGGAGUGGGAGGGAGCUCCGGCUCGCCCCUCUCUCUGCCAGGCUGCUGUCACUGCUUAUCUGAGGAGCAGACUUGCCAGCCACGGCCGGGACAUUGCUGUGACAGCCCGGACUGUGGAGGCUCUGACACUGACACCUGGAGAGACAGGGAGCAGAGCACAUCAGCCAGCAUGCACGGCGUCAUCUGACAGAGCAGGAAGUGCCGGCUACAGGGCAGGGAGGCUUGGGAGCCGCUCUCUCGGUCUGUCUUCCACUGUGUUACUACCAUGGGCUAGAGGAGGUCCCCUGCCUGCUGCUGCAUCUCAUACUACACCUGUCACCCAGCAUGGCAGCAUCCAGCAACUCCAGUCUCUCGGGCUCCUCAGUGUCCUCAGGUAGGUGAUGCAGAGGAAUACCAGCCUCCAGUUUGGAAAUCAUACUUGUAUCAGUUGCAGCAAGAAGCUCCGCGGCCCAGGAGAAUCGUAUGCCCACGGGAGGUGGAGAAUAGACCAAAGCAUUAUGGAAGGGAGUAAGUUUCAUGGCAUCAUUUCUCGAGAACAGGCAGACGCAUUGCUGUGCUCUGCAGAAGGAUCGUACAUUAUUAGGGAAAGUCAGAGGCAACCUGGCUGCUACACUCUGGCCUUAAGGUUUGGUCACCAGACGUUGAACUACAGACUUUUCUAUGAUGGGAAGCACUUUGUGGGGGAGAAGAGAUUUGAGUCAAUACAUGACUUGGUAACUGAUGGCCUUAUCACCUUGUACAUAGAGACUAAAGCUGCAGAGUAUAUUGCAAAAAUGACAACCAACCCCAUUUAUGAACAUGUGGGAUACACAUCCUUACUGAAAGAGAAAGUUAGCCGAAGGCUGAGCAGAUCAAAGAAUGAAUCAAAGAAAGCUCCCGUGUCUAUGGAAGGGAAUACCUCUGUGGAAAAGAUCACCUCGCUGGUCAGAAGAGCGGCCCUGACACAAAAUGACAACCACUGCAACUAUGAGAAAGCACAUAACUUCAAGGUGCAUACAUUUCGGGGGCCACACUGGUGCGAAUACUGUGCUAACUUCAUGUGGGGUCUCAUUGCUCAGGGAGUCAGGUGCUCAGACUGUGGGCUGAAUGUACAUAAACAGUGUUCCAAGUAUGUGCCCAGUGACUGCCAGCCAGAUCUCAAACGCAUCAAGAAAGUUUACAGCUGUGACCUUACCACCCUGGUGAAAGCGCACAAUACCCCAAGGCCAAUGGUUGUGGACAUGUGUAUCCAGGAGAUUGAAAGUAGAGGCUUAACGUCAGAAGGUCUGUACCGAGUCUCGGGUUUUACUGAGCACAUUGAAGAUGUGAAAAUGUCCUUUGACCGAGAUGGUGACAAGGCUGACAUCUCAUGUACAACCUAUCAAGAUAUAAAUAUCAUUGCUGGGGCACUGAAGCUGUAUUUCAGGGACUUACCAAUUCCAGUCAUCACUUAUGAUUCAUAUUCUAAAUUUAUUGAAGCAGCAAAAAUAUCCAAUCCAGAUGAGAGAUUAGAAGCUGUACAUGAAUCACUGAUGCUCCUGCCACCAGCACAUUAUGAGACACUUCGAUUCCUAAUGAUCCACCUAAAAAAGGUUACACAGAAUGAGAAGGAGAAUCUGAUGAGCGCAGAGAACCUUGGUAUUGUCUUUGGACCAACACUGAUGCGACCUCCAGAGGAGAACGCCCUCACAUCUUUAAAUGACAUGCGCCACCAGAAACAAAUCGUGCAGAUUUUAAUACAAAAUGAAGAUGUCUUAUUCUGAUCAAAUAAAGUAUUAUGGUUUGCAUCCAGCGCUUCGGACAACCAGCUAAAAGCAACAGAAAUCUUUAUAAUAAGGUCACGAGCUGGACUUUAGUAUCUGUUGUGUUGCAGAGACUAUACAUGCCAAAUUGUUUGCUGUAGCAUAUGUCUCAUAGACAUAUGACACGAUCUGCUUUAGAAAAGAAGAGCCAUUUAGAAAGAUAAUCCAGCCAAGUUGUUUCUUUGCAUUUUUUUGUCUUUAACAAUAUAUUUUAAAAAACAAAAAAAUCAUAACCUAUAAAAAAGAGAACAUAUUUUGUAUUCAAAGUUUCAAACUAAAGCAAAAUACAAUAGUGUUACACAUCUCUAUUUUGAAAGUAUUGCAUACACUGCAGACUGUAUACAAUGUACUUGUGUAUAUUAAUGGAUAUGAAACAUUGUCUUUAUUUACUAAUUAGGGUAAUUGAGCCACAUCAAUGAACAACUUAUAGAAAUUUCAAUUGAAAAAUGAAUUCCUCAUUUUUUUCUUAAAAAUAUCAAAAUAAUUGCCCGUUAGAUUUAGUGGUUUACACUAAAUGUCCUCAUUCCAUAAAAUAAAAAUAUAAAACAAAAAUAAAACAUGAAAACUGCACAAAAAUGUAAUGUAAGCAGCCUUAAAAUAAUAUUUACCAUAAAUGUGAGGUACAGUAUUAAGAGCAUCAUAUCUUGAGUGAUUGAUUUACUAAAGCAUGUAUCUUGCUGUAGUUAUGUCUACCUCCAUGUGCUUACUCGGGUUAAAGGAAAUGAAAAAAUAAAACUGGUGAUUAAAUGUAUUUUUCCCAGUUACUGUAACCUAAUUGACUGCACUGUAGGGGACAUGGAUCUGGAGUGCUAUGUGCUUUAGUAAAUCAGUGUUUUGCCUUAAAUCAUUAUCUUACGCAUUCUGCUGUGGAAUUCUGUCAGCACAAUGCCAGCCUGCAAGGGAUCAGUUACAGGCAAACAAACUGAUCAGCCAGAUUCAUUUGGGACGCUUGCCUGCAGCAAAACACACCUAGUACCUUGGAACUUUUGAAUAUUCAUGACAAUUAUGUCCCAGGCAUCUAACCCUAGAGGGUAUGGGCAGUUAUGCUUUUCAUUCUUAAGGAGUUUGUUGCAAUUUACAAUAGCGUUUUUAAAUACAGUGUGAAAUAUCCAUUCCAGGAGCUGUGUGCAUUUUACUAAAUUUAUUUUUCCCAUAUUUAAAGUUUGCAGAACCCUGGAGUUUCUACGUCUGACGUUCAGGUUGUAGAUCCUACAGAGUGUCUGGAAUUAUUAUUCGUUUUUCUAAAACUAGCCCAAGUUCCUUUUUUCCACCUUUAAAGAAAUAUUGAAGUUGAUUAGUAUUGUUUAUACCGUAUAAAAAGUACUCCUGGUAUAUUUAUUGUUUAUACCUUAUAAAAAGUACUCCUGGUAUAUUUUUGUUAGACAACAUAAGCCUGUGACAAUGGUGACUUUUUUUAUUGUCUAAUUCGAUAUUAAGUUACUCAGGGCCUCUCCAUGGUUAUGUUCCGAGAACUCUGUAAGACUAAGGGCCUGAAUCAGAGAAGGCAAAUCCAAUUUUUAUUUAGAUAACCGAUCAUCGGCCAAGACAGUCAUCUAAGUCGCACUGUGCAUGUGCCGCAAAGGUCUUGCAGUCACAGCGAAGAUUUAUUCCCAAAGAGAUUUACAGCCAGUGAUUUGGGAAUGGUUACUGGGAGUAGUGGCAAAACCGCAGGUGUGUCGGGACCGUUUUCAGGCAUGUCUCUGCCCGCGGCUGUGAUGCCGCACAGCGUCCUUUGCUCAUUCUGUAUGACUAUAGGGCUAUUCAGAACGUCGAUAAUUGACUGAUCUGGGACUGAUGCUGAGUAUUUGUACCCAGCCGCUGGGAUUUACAGUAUAAGCCGCAGAUGGGCGUCUCAUUACAAAUGCAGGGAAUUUGCAUAUUUUCAUACAGUCACUGCGCAUACAUUAGCAGCUGCGGCGGCAUUAGCAUACAUCUCUGAAUCAGGCCCUAAGUUGCAUGUCUAUCCCAUCCUUUCAAUGACCCUAGGCGCUGUUGUUUUCCAACACAUCUGUGGAACUUUGAAAGUGUCAUUUACUAAUGAAUACACCUGUGCACCAGGUAAGAGAUCUGGUAAACCUGAGCUGCUAGGGGUCUCUUAGGAUCUAGUUGGCCAUUUUUAUUCUAGAUGUUUGUCUAGAGCAGCUUUCAGAUGCUUUCUGCCAUGGAUUGUGUGAAAUUAAGAAAAAAAGAUUACAAAUCAAAUACAAGACCUCACAGCUGCACAGAGAGUCCUACAUGAUCCUGACGGCAAAUUCUAAUUUGUGUUCAGUUGCUAUGGAGGAACUCUUGCAUGGUAACCACAUUAUUGUUCUGUUAUGACAGGUGAAGCCUGAAAUGCUGCUAUAGACAUUCUUCUGGAAGAUUGUUGUUUUAUAAAUAAGCUUCAUUGAGAGCCAAGCAAGUGGCUGUUUGGAGCUUGGACCAAGUGGCCAAAUCACUGAAGUCUGUUAUUGUGGUUUGAAGAUGCCAUAACAUACACAGGCAGCCGGUCCCAGCAAGCUUUCAGCCAUGUUUACCAAAUGCCUUGGUGCAAUAAUUGACAGAUUUACACUUGGCAUUUGUAAUUGUUCCAAUGAUUACUUUUUUAUCAACAAAACUGGCUAUCAAGUGCAGAUGAGCAGUUCGGAUUUACUCAGAUUCAGGGGUCUAUUUAAGCCUUGGACGGAGAUAAAGUGGACGUAGUUAAAGUCCCAGCCAAUCAGCUGCUAUCUGCCAUAUUACAGGCUGUGAAAAAUGGCAUUUAGGAGCUGAUUAACUGGUACUUUAUCUCCAUCCACUUUAUCUCCGUCCAAGGCUUAGUAAAUAGAUCCCUCCCUCGUUUAUGUUCGGCUUUCAAGACUGCAUCUUAUUGGCUGUCUGCACUCCCGUGUUUUGGAUAGCCAAUAAGAUAAUUCCGUAUAAAUCCGAACUUGCACAAGUUUGGCAAAAAGAGCCAUGUAAAACCGAACCCACUCGGAUAGUAGAGGAAUUUUAGAUAUUAAAGAAAUUAUAGAAUCCUUGGUUUUUUAAUUUACAUUUAUAUAUAUUUUUCUUAGUUUUAAAGAUUGUUCAAAUGAACCAUUGUUAGCUUGCUGAGUACAAUGUAAGGAGACACAUGUUGCUGGAUAUAUCGGAUAUAUCUUCCCUGCUAAACAAAUACUGAAACAUUAGCACUUUCUCUUACAGUUUAAAAGAAAAUGCAUUUGAUAUUGUUUUUGUUGAUGUGUGCAACGGUUUGUAUAUAAUAUACAUUUAUAAGUAUGUGUGUCUUGUUGCAGUUAGCCAUUUUCUUGGAGGGAAAAAUAAGGAUCUGUAGAGUAAUUGGGGUUUUGUUACUUCCCUGACCCUUAUGGAAUACCCGACACUGCCUUGUAAUAAUAACUUGACUAGUAAAGGGGAAAACAAAGUUAACUUAAUAUUUGCACAAUAAACCAGCUUCCCAUUUGAGCCCCCCCCCCCCCCCCCCCCCCCCUCAAAAAAAAAAAAAAAGAACUCGGAGACUUUAAUCCAGAAGAAAUGUGAAAGAAAAGGAAUGACAUUGAAUAAUUGUUAACUGUGCUACUUGUGCUGUAGCUGUAGCUGGUUCUCUCCAGGAACAGCAAUUCAGUACCCUGAGUUCACUUUAACAUUCUUUCCAUUGUUAGUCUGGGAGGACAGACUUUAGCACCAUUGUGGUGUGAAUAUAUCGAACCGCGGGAGCUGGGGGCAUACGACCUCCACGGUUCCACAGAAUAGAGGGAUUAUUAUCAUUUAUUUAUAUAUUUUGAUUAUUUUGUAUAUAUAACAUUUACAUGCAGGUCCCAUUUAAGGGGGUCAUUCAGACCUGAUCGCUGCUGUGCGUUUUUGCACAGCGGGCGAUUAGUUCCAAACUGCGCAUGCGAAUGCAUUUCAAUGUGCAGGCACGAAGGACAGCUGCAAAGCAGAUCGCCGGUCAGCGACGGGUUUGUGCGAAAGACCCAUUCGCACGGGUGUACACAAGGAGAUUGACAGGAAGAGGGCUUUUGUGGGUGGCAAUUGACCAUUUUCAGGGAGUGUUUGUAAAAACGCAGGCGUGUCCAAGCGUUUGAAGGGAGGGUGUCUGACGUCAAAUCCGGUCCUGAACAGGCUGAUGUGAUCGCAGCGGCUAAGUCCUGAGCUGCGCAGAGACUGCACAAAAUCAGUUUUUGCAGCUCUGCUACACAUGCGAUCGCACACUUGCACAGCAAAAAUACACUCCCCCCGUAGGCAACGACUAUCUGAUCGCAAGGCUGCAAAAAUCGCUGCCCAGCGUUCAGGUCUGAAUUACCCCCGUAGUUACAUAUGUCACUAGUAAUAUUCAGUUCGUUACAGAAAGCACAUAUUCUGAGAACAAGUUGAAAUCCAGUUUUAAUGCAUAAAAAAAAAGUCUGACAUUUUCUAUUGUGCUGUGCGCAAUUAGGCUUCUACAUGUAGGUCGAGAUAACUUUCUUAUUUAAAAUGAUUGACAGGAUUACAUGAAUAUUUUUAUUCAUUUUUAUUGUCCAUGUAAGCAGGGUGUGUGUGUUUUAAAUUGAUAUUGGGAUUUAAUUUGAGGAUCAAAUAUUGCCUGUUAUAUUACAUUGUUAAUGUGUUUUUCUUUAAAUGUGUUUUUUUGUGUUUGUUUUUACCAAAUUGCGCCAAUAAACUGGUAUUUUUGUUUGCCUUUAAAAGUGCAAUUCCAACGGGUGCAGGCUUUUAAAAUUAUUUUUAGUUCAUUAUCUGAAAUCCACCUCUUCCAGGAAUACAAUACAACAUUUAUAUUUAUACCAAAAGUGGAGAACUUCAAAUGACCUCCUUUUAUGACAGACAACUAAAUGGUAUCUUUGUUAUAUGUCUUGGCCAAAAAUAUGUCUUUAUAUGUGUGGUAUCUCUUAUACUAAAGAGAUGCAGCAUUCUUGUAUUAUAUGCAGUCUUUAUAGUGAUCUUGGAGCGACCUUUUCCAUAUUAAAAUUAGUGUUUUUUUACGCAUACCGGCAGUUGGGAUGUCGGCAGUCAUGUGCCCGACGCCAGAAUCCUGACAUCACUCAGGAGACCGUCGCCAAACCCUAUAGGGCUUGUCAAUAACGCAGAAAUAAAAUAUCUGUGGAUAAAACACUGAUUUGUUAUUUUGUGAAUAGUUUCAGCCAGUACUACCAUAUUAAAUGUAAUUAGUCUCUUCAGCUACCCUCUGUCCAUUCAUUUUCCUUAAAUUCUGUGGAAUGUUGAAAAAAAAAAAAAGUGAGCUGUACAAGUAGAAUUGAUUAAUGGUCAGCAAGCUUUAAAGGGAAACUCUAAAGUUCAUCCACACACCUGUUUUACAUGCGACUAAUGGGGCACAUACAUCAGGGUAGUAUUUGGGCAAGUUCCCAUUUUGCCGAUGCCUAGGUUGGAUCAUCUGAAAAUCCAACCUGUUGGGAGUCCUCAAUCUGCAGACUCUGACCCAAAAAUGAUCACAAUUGGUGAGCCAGGGAAGUGUAGGAUUUUGCAGAUUCCCCAACAAAUCGUCGAUCAUCAGAAUCCGCCGAUGAUCGACAGAACAGUGAAUCAGCCUGUAGAUGUAUGGGGGUCAAAGGAUCGCUGUCCUGCAUUAUUUCAACAGAUUUCUUUUUAAACUUGCAUAGACUUUGGAGCACAACUCAAGAAAAAAUAAACAUACACUCAUAAUUUUACUUUGUAGGAAGAUGACCUUAAAUGUAGUAUUAGUAAUAAAACAAAACAAAAAAAGUAGCAGUUUAUUUAUAAUGUACAGAUUAAUGGUGCUCAAAUGUACAUAUUUUUCAUAAGUGAGCCCGUCUUCCAAAAUGUUUAAGCAAAAAUAAGCUCUACCAUUUCCUUAUUCCAUGAUGUUGAAUCAAUCUAAAUAAUAUUUUAGCAUAGUGUUUUGUUACAUAGUAAAACAUUGGGGGUCAUUCCGAGUUGUUCGCUCGUUGCCGAUUUUCGCUAUACUGCGAUUAGUCGCUUACUGCGCAUGCGCAAGGUUCGCAUAGCGCAUGCGCUUAGUUCUUUUACACAAAAGUUAGGUAUUUUACUCACGGCGUAACAAAGUUUUUUCAUCGUUCUGCUGAUCGGUGAGUGAUUGACAGGAAGUGGGUGUUUCUGGGCGGAAACUGACCGUUUUCUGGGAGUCUGCGGAAAAACGCAGGCGUUUCAGGGAAAAACGCGGGAGUGGCUGGAGAAACGGGGGAGUGUCUGGGCGAACGCUGGGUGUGUUUGUGACGUCAAACCAGGAAUGAAACUGACUGAACUGAUCGCAAUGGCUGAGUAAGUCUCGAGCUACUCAGAAACUGCUAAGAAUUUUCUAAUCGCAAUUCUGCUAAUCUUUCGUUCGCAAUUCUGCUAUGCUAAGAUACACUCCCAGAGGGUGGCGGCUUAGCGUGUGCAAUGCUGCUAAAAGCAGCUAGCGAGCGAACAACACGGAAUGAGGGCAAUUGUGUUUAAUAUUUUCCAAAAACAUUUAUAUGGUUAAGGGGGAACUUAAUCUUAGAGAUACAUUUUUAAAAUAAUAUACUCUUCCCCAUUAAUACAAGUGCCACUGUCCAAUCCACUCCACAGUCAAUUAAUACACCCUACAUUUACUUUCAGAUUUCUCCAGAAUGUUAGCCUGGAAGAAAUUGCUGUCACAGGCAUCCGGCAUGUAACUUCUGAACCUUGCAAGUCCUGGGCAUGGUACCCUCAUGGUUGCACAAUUGUGGGGAGAUGGGUAGUUAUUUGUUAAAUGUGGAUCAGGAUUUUUUCUGCUUUCUGCUUUUUUUUCUAACCCGUAUAUUUAUUUUAUUAAACAAGCCAACCCAACCAUACGUUAACUUUAAAUUGCUGAUUAGGAAAUAAAAAAAAAUGUAAUACUUAAAAAUCAUGGCAAGUAGUUCCUUAAAUACUCUGGCUUUAGUAGCAGAGGUUGACUAAUUUGAAAUUGAUUUUAUUGUAACCAAUUUUACUGCUAAAUGUACAGUUUUAUGUGUUUUCUUUUUUAUUAUAUUCUUUGUUUUAAAUCAUGUGUAUGAAUGUGCUUUUGAAGAUGGUUUGUUUUGUGAAAUGAUUUAAAAUACUUGUAAUUUAUGAUGGGUAAAGCCAUUGAAUGAUUCAAUAAAUG